UGCGGGCGGCCGUACAGUCAACAUCAAAUGACAUCACUGGGGCUCUCCUCCAGUGUCGGCCAUUUUGCCGAAUUUGUGUUUUGCGCUUGUAUAAAAAAAGCUUUGAUGGGCUUAGUUUGUGCUAUUGAAAUACUCUGAAUCCGUUAAAUAGAUGCAUCAAUAAACGGAUUGUUGAAUAAUUUAAUCUAUUUUUGCCCUGAAGAUAGAUAAAAUGGAUGAGAAGGCGGUGUGCAAGGAACUCGAUCAGUGGAUUGAACAACUUAACGAUUGCAAGCAACUCACAGAAAGCCAAGUGAAAACGUUAUGCGAGAAGGCUAAAGAAAUCUUGUCUAAGGAAUCAAAUGUACAAGAGGUGAAAUGUCCUGUGACAGUUUGUGGCGACGUCCAUGGACAGUUCCAUGAUCUUAUGGAACUGUUCCGGAUAGGUGGCCGCAGUCCAGACACUAAUUACCUGUUUAUGGGUGAUUAUGUUGAUCGUGGUUACUACUCUGUAGAAACAGUCACACUGCUUGUUGCCCUGAAAGUCAGGUACAAGGAACGUAUCACAAUAUUGAGAGGCAACCAUGAAUCUCGUCAAAUUACCCAGGUUUAUGGGUUUUAUGAUGAGUGCCUCAGGAAAUAUGGAAAUGCAAAUGUAUGGAAAUUCUUCACUGAUCUUUUUGAUUACCUGCCACUGACUGCCCUUGUUGAUGGCCAAAUAUUCUGUUUACAUGGUGGACUAAGUCCCAGCAUUGAUACAUUAGACCACAUCAGGGCUCUUGAUCGUUUGCAAGAGGUACCACAUGAAGGUCCCAUGUGUGAUCUUCUUUGGUCAGAUCCCGACGAUCGCGGAGGAUGGGGCAUUUCACCGCGCGGAGCUGGUUACACCUUUGGCCAAGACAUCUCCGAGACGUUCAACCACUCAAACGGACUCACCCUUGUGUCGAGAGCACAUCAACUUGUGAUGGAAGGUUAUAACUGGUGCCACGAUCGCAACGUCGUCACCAUCUUCAGCGCACCCAAUUAUUGUUAUCGUUGCGGCAAUCAAGCUGCCAUCAUGGAAUUAGAUGAUGCCCUAAAGUAUUCAUUUUUGCAGUUUGAUCCCGCCCCAAGGCGCGGCGAGCCCCAUGUCACUCGCAGGACUCCUGACUACUUCCUUUAAGGUCCCGCGGUCAGUUGUAAUUUUCAACAAAUAUAUUUAAAAAAAUACAAAAAAAAUAAUACAAAAAUAAAAAUAAUAUGAAAAGAUCCCGCGAUAUCACAACUGCUUAGUUAUUAUAAUAAUCAAUUGUUUCUGUAUAACGUAUUUGAGGAGUAACAAAGGAAACGAAGGCGUGUAAUAUUUAAAAAGUUUUUUUAAAAAAAAAACAACAACAACCAAAACUUUUGGCGAUUUCACUUAUUAUUUUUU